ACAAAGUUUGCUCUUUAUGUAUAUUACAAUGUAAUUUUGACUAAUUUAAAAUAUAGGAAUGUUCACCCCUUCGCAUGGAGGUGAUCAUGGCCCAUCCGUUUACUUUUCAAGAAAAAAAUAUCAACCAGGAUCUUUGCUAUUUUUAUUUUAUAUCGCUUUAUUUUCAUCGAAAAAGAAAAUACUGUUAAUUUCCGCCAUAAUCCCAAUCCAAAUGUAGCCUUAAUCGCCAUAAUCCCAAUCCAAAUGUAGCCUUAUUCGCCCGUUUGUAAAUAAUUCCCAAUACCUUCCAUGCAUAUUUUAUAAUGGCAAAAUAAAUUGCCAGUUAUACUUAUAUUUCAGAGUGACAAAUUGUAAAUACGUAUCCCUAGUUUCCCAAUCAUAGCACGAGUGCUUUGCAUGCAAAAUGAGGGACAGCGAAAGAUAUGUUAAUAAAUUGAGACAAGACGAUCACUAACGUAUAUGAAAUAGAAUUACUUCAGGAAAGUGUUUAGUUUCAUAUUUUGAAUUAAGUACUUUUUUAAAAAUGUUUAACCCUGUUAUCAGGUUGAGGAAACUUUUUAGUUUAGUUUAGUAUUUAAAAAAAAAAAAAUAACUUCACUAUAUACUGUAUUAGUGAAACAACACAAAUAUGAAAAUAAAAAUUCUUUCUUUUUCUUGUUUUUCAGUCGCACAGAAAAUUUUCUGCUCCCCGUCAUGGGUCCAAGGGUUUCCUACCCAAGAAGAGGGCCAGUCGUCAUAGGGGCAAAGUAAAGGCCUUCCCAAAGGAUGACAAGAACAAGCCUGUCCAUUUGACCGCUUUUAUUGGAUAUAAGGCUGGCAUGUCCCACAUUGUUCGUGAUGUAGACCGACCUGGAUCAAAAUCAAACAAGAAAGAAAUUGUUGAGGCAGUCACCAUCAUAGAAACACCACCUAUGGUUGUUGUUGGUUUGGUGGGAUACAUUGAAACACCAAGUGGCCUGAGAACGUUCAAGACUAUCUUUGCUGAGCAUUUGAACGAGGAUUGUAGGAGGCGAUUUUACAAAAACUGGUACAACUGUAAGAAGAAGGCAUUUACCAAGUAUGCCAAAAAAUGGACUGAUGAGAGUGGAAAGAAGGAGAUUGAGCGCGACUUCCAGAAAAUGAAGAAGUACUGCAAGGUCAUCCGUGUCAUUGCUCACACACAGACCAAGCUGAUGAAGAAGCGUCAGAAAAAGGCACACAUCAUGGAGAUUCAGGUGAACGGCGGCACCAUUGCACAGAAGGUCGACUGGGCUAGGGAAAAGAUGGAAUCCAGUGUGCCUGUUGGCUCCGUCUUUGCCAUGGAUGAAAAUAUUGACAUUAUUGGUGUAACCAAGGGUAAAGGAGUCAAAGGUGUGACAUCCAGGUGGCACACAAAGAAGUUGCCAAGGAAGACGCACAAGGGUCUGAGAAAAGUUGCCUGUAUUGGAGCUUGGCAUCCCAGUCGAGUCCAGUUCACUGUUGCUAGGGCUGGACAGAAGGGUUAUCAUCACCGUACGGAGAUCAACAAGAAGAUCUACCGUAUGGGCGAGGGUACCCACACUAAAGAUGGAAAGCUGGUCAAGAACAACGCUUCCACAGACUUUGAUCCCUCAGAGAAGAACAUCACUCCAAUGGGAGGAUUCCCUCACUACGGAGAGGUCAACAAUGACUUCAUCAUGAUCAAGGGAUGCACCAUGGGACCUAAAAAGAGGGUUCUGACUCUCAGAAAGUCGCUGCUGCCAUCAUUCAAGAAGAAGCAGAUGGAGAAAAUAACUCUGAAGUUCAUUGACACUGCCAGUAAAUUUGGUCAUGGUCGCUUCCAGACAUUCGAGGAGAAGAACAACUUCAUGGGACCUCUCAAGAAGGAUCGCAAGGACACUACUGCAUAAUGUUAGCCACUGGGGGAACUGUUGCACAUGUGUUACUCUUCUGGAGUUCCAGAAUAAAAAAAAAAUACUGAAA